GCUCAGUAUAGCUAGCGCCUCGCUUGGGGGCACGCGCGUUAUCGAAAACUUCCUUAAUUAUUUUUACGAAUAUGAAUAACGAUAAAAUGAACACUAGAGAGUAUAGGGAAAAACUAAUUGACGAAGUGAGGAAGUACCCGGUUCUGUACGACACGAGACACGAAAACCAUCGCGAUAUCGAUGUGCGUGACCGCUGCUGGCAGGAGAUAUCAGAGCGACUCAGCGCUAACAGUGAGGUACUCAAACGGGAAUGGAAGAUCCUCCGCGACUCCCUGCGGCAGUCCCUGAAGAAGACGACGACGGGCGCCACCAGGAAGUCCGGCGCGCCUUGCAAGAAGUGGCGCUUGCAGAACAGAAUGGCUUUCGUCCUGCCCUAUAUGACUAUGAGAAACCGGCGGGUAGUAAAAGACGACAUAAAAAUAGACGAAGCGGAGAUCCAAUCAGACCAAGAACAGGAGUCGGAGCCGUGGGACCCCGGGAACGACCAGGAUUCCCUCGACUUGUUCUUCGCCAGCGUCUGCCAGAGCACCAAGCGACUGCCCAAAAAACUACAGAACCAGGUCAAGAGACAAGUACUGGAUGUACUUUUGAAGGUGGAAGAGCAGUAUGAAGGCAAUGAAACAAAAUCUGGUUUGCAUUGCUGAUGUUUGGCUGUACAGACUAAGCAAUUUAGCUGAAACUUUGAGUAACUGCCUGUUAAUGUAAAUCUCGUUUUAGUGGUAUUCAGUAUUCUUUAUUGAUUUGUGAAGACGUUAUUCUUUGUGGAAGAUGUAUCCCCGUGUGGGGCAGAUGUUCAUGUGUUUCUCUGGUUGAUUUAUUAACGGUCAAGUACCUAAGUGAUUUAUUUUUUAUAUUUUUGCCAAAUAAAGACUGAUCGUAAACUAUUUCUAGUGGCAAUAUAAAAAUUAAAAUGUGUAUACGUUUCAGUUGUAAACAAUUUUCACUUACUUUAAUAAAGUAUGACUG